AUGUCUAUUUCUUCUGGGUUCAGAAGCAACUUGUCGAUUACCUUCAUCGGGACCGCCACAGCAAUCAUCGAGAUCGACGGAGUACGGUUUCUUACCGACCCCUUCUUUCAUCAGGCCGAGUCCUCCGUUGAAUAUCCAAUCGACGCCACUCGAAGCGUACUUCUCAAAGUCCACCACGAUCCUGGCCUCAGCAUGCAGGACCUUCCCCCCAUCGACGCCGUUCUUCUCAGCCACGAAGACCACUGGGACAACCUUGACGAACUCGGUCGCCAACUACUCGACGGUCGCCAUGUCUUGACUACCGAGGACGGUGCCAAGAACCUGGCACCGCGACCCGGAGUGCAAGGCAUGAAGCCAUGGGAAACGGUCAAUCUAACUCUCGGCGGCAAGGCGUUUCGCAUCAUGGCCACACCAUGCAAGCACGUUCCCGGCAAUGAAUGUGUCGGCUUCGUCCUCACCACCGACGACUUUGGCACCGCUGCAGACGGCCGACCCAACGCAAUCUACUUCACAGGAGAUACCGUCUAUAUGGAAGAGCUUGCGGCGGUCGGUCAGCAGUUCCACAUUGCUGCCGCUAUCAUGAACUUGGGCGAAGCUUAUUCUCAGUUGGAGCCGCUGCCUGCUCCGAAGGUCCAAAUCACUAUGGGCGGAAAGCAGGCUGCCAGUCUGUUCCGCGACAUCAAGGCUGAUCGCAUAGUACCUAUGCAUUAUGACGCCUGGGACCAUUUUACUCAGCAUGAAGAGGAAUUGGCGGAGGUGUUCGAGUCAGAGGGCGUCUUGGAUAAGGUCAAAUGGCUGAAGCUGGGGGAACCUGUCCAAAUCUUGACAGCCGAGUCUUGA